CGAAACGAAAGAUGGGUUGCUCAAGCUGUUGUGGAAAAACAAAAACAACAAAGGUGAAACCCCUUAAAACAGAGGAAGACGAGGACUGGCCGGAGCUAGAGGACGGUCCUAUCGCCGACAGACAAUGCCGGGACGUGGUGUUCCUCAUUAUCUUCAUCCUUUACCUGGGGGGAAUGGUUUACGUGGCGUACCGCGGGGUUUCCCAGGGUGACCCGUAUCGUCUGGUGUACGGUGUGGACAGCUGGGGUAACGUCUGCGACAGAAAGAACACGCCCAUACCGGGGGUUCCCCUAUCAGGACGGGACAUGUCGGGGAAAAAAAGAACGUUACAUCUAGAUCCAGGUUACUAUACAGAGUUACUGAAAACCCACAUCAUCCCUUCCUUCUCUAGUAACCCUGACAUCGUCGUCUGCUUGUCUCAUUGUCCAAACGAGACGCUGUCUUCGUCAGCGGAGGUAGACGCAUACAUGGCUCGCACAAACACCAGUCUGUGUAGAUAUGACACGUCAGCUUACGUCAGUGAUGACGACAUCUGCCUUACACCCGUCAAACCGCACACCAGUGUGUUCUGGCGCUGUAUCCCCGACUCAGUGGUGAUGAUGGUCAAAGGUAUGUCCGGGUCCUUCACCUCACUCCUCAGCGGUAUCUCCGGGGGAAGCUUCACCCAGAAAGUCAUCUCUGAUCUGAAGAAUACGUGGGUGGAGAUUCUAUACCUCGCGGCCAUCGCCUUCGGGACCUCGGUGGUGGUGGUGGUGCUGAUGUGGCUCCUUGCCGCCGUCAUCAUCUGGAUGCUCAUCUUCGCAGUCAUCGCAUUUUCUAUUGGAGCCUCCGGAUACAGCUGGUACUGUUGGUACCGGUUUGACACGCGGUACAAAGGUCUCCCAGCGAACGAGCAGACAGAGGCAGAAAGGGAGAGAACCCAGACCUGGUUGAUCUACGCCGCCGUCACCAGCGCCAUCACGUUAGUGCUGCUUCUUGUGUUACUCAUCAUGAGAAAGAGAAUUCAGCUCGUGGUACAACUUUUCAAAGAAGCCGGGAAAGCCCUAAAGUGUGUACCGUGUCUGCUGCUACAACCUGUCUGGACGCUGCUGAUACUGGUAGGAACGGUGGGAGGACUGGUGCUGAUAGCGGUCUACAUAGAGACAUCUGGACAGCCCAAUGUGAACAACCAGACGCAGACAGUCUCCUACGAGAUGGAGAAAUCAUGGGAGUAUGUAAGGUGGUAUCAUAUCUUUGGAUUUUUGUGGAUUUCUGCUUUCAUCGUUGCGUGUCAAGACUUUGUCAUUGCAAGUGCCAUAGCCACCUGGUAUUUCAAAAGAGACAAGUCGUCCAUGGGGUGUCCUAUCGCUACGGCUGUCUGGAGAAUCAUAAGAUACCACAUGGGGUCAAUAGCGUUUGGGUCCUUCAUCAUAGCAGUAGUGCGCCUGGCCAGACUAAUUCUGGCCUACAUCCAGUCAAGGUUGCGGGGUAAGAGUGGCCCCGUGGUGGACUUCGUUCUCAAGGUGUUACAAUGCUGUCUCUGGUGUUUUGAGAAGUUUCUCGCGUAUUUGAACAGAAAUGCGUACAUUGAAAUUGCUAUCUUCGGUCACUCAUUCUGUACGGGGGCCAAGAAGGCCUUCCUGCUGAUUCUGGAGAACGCCUUAAGAGUGGCGGCCAUUAACUCUAUCGGAGACUUUGUCCUGUUCCUCGGGAAACUCAGCACCAUGGCUGUCGUCCUCGUGGUUGGCAACGAAUUCUUCCAGGGACAUGAGGAUGUAAAUUAUGUGUUUGUGCCUCUGACUGUCAGCUGUGCCUUUGCCUACGCCAUCUCCCACUGUUUCCUCCUAGUGUAUGAGAUUACAAUUGAUACCAUCUUCUUGUGUUUCUGUGAGGAUUGUAAGGAAAAUGACGGAAUCAACAAGCCCUACUAUAUGAGCACAGACCUACUGAACUAUAUGCAGAAAACAAGCAAAAUAAUGAACAUGGACAAGCAAAAGAAAAAGAAAAAAGAGGAAACAGAUCUAGCAACUGUUUAGCCAUCUUAAAAUGGACUGAGACGGUGAAGUUCUUGGGUAAAUGUAGGGAAUCAAGGGAUAUUAAUCAAGAAUAACA